CGGCGACAUCCGGGAGCCCCGCGGUCGGCUCCUGUGACCCGGGGUGGCAGGUGCUCGCCUCUGUGACCCGGGGUGACAGGUGUUCGUUCCCGAGCCCCCGGCAGGAAAAACCUGGCGGUCCUGCUGUCUCGCCUCCUCCAGUGACCGCGCUAGAUUUUCCCUGCAGCUCGCGGUGUGGGCGGAAACGGGCCGCGGAGAAGGGCUGCUACAUCCAGGACCCCGCUGGGCCUGCUGCCGCUUUAAAUUAUGACACUGACACGUUCAGCAUCAUCUUUGCAUCGCUCUGCUUCUCCCAAGUUUCAUGGAGGACUCUAACUCCUUGAGGACCCCUGCAUUGUUUCUGUAAUUGUGUGUGAGAAGGACUGACUCCCAGGACAUUGGUUGGUCCCUGACCUUUCAGUAUGGGGAGGAUCGGCAUCUCGUGUCUUUUUCCUGCUUCUUGGCAUUUUAGCAUCUCUCCAGUGGGGUGUCCUCGAAUUCUGAAUACCAAUUUACGCCAAAUUAUUGUCAUUAGUGUUCUGGCUGCUGCUGUUUCACUUUUAUACUUUUCUGUUGUCAUAAUCCGAAAUAAGUAUGGGCGGCUAUCCAGAGACAAGAAAUUUCAAAGGUACCUGGCACGAGUUACUGACAUUGAAGCUACAGACACCAAUAACCCCAAUGUAAACUACGGGAUUGUGGUAGACUGUGGUAGCAGUGGGUCUCGAAUAUUUGUCUACUGCUGGCCCAGGCAUAACGGCAAUCCACAUGAUCUGCUGGAUAUCAGGCAAAUGAGGGAUAAAAACCGAAAGCCAGUGGUCAUGAAAAUAAAACCCGGCAUUUCAGAAUUUGCUACCUCUCCAGAGAAAGUCAGUGAUUACAUUUCUCCACUUUUGAACUUUGCUGCGGAGCAUGUGCCACGGGCAAAACACAAAGAGACACCACUCUACAUUCUCUGCACAGCCGGAAUGAGAAUCCUUCCGGAAAGCCAGCAGAAGGCCAUUCUGGAAGAUCUUCUGACCGAUAUCCCUGUGCACUUUGACUUCCUGUUUUCUGAUUCUCAUGCAGAAGUAAUUUCAGGGAAACAAGAAGGUGUCUAUGCUUGGAUUGGCAUUAAUUUUGUACUUGGACGAUUUGAACAUAUUGAAGAUGACGAUGAGGCAGUUGUGGAAGUUAACAUUCCUGGUAGUGAAAGCAGCGAAGCCAUUGUCCGUAAAAGAACAGCGGGCAUUCUUGACAUGGGAGGCGUGUCAACUCAGAUAGCGUACGAAGUCCCCAAAACUGUAAGCUUUGCCUCCUCACAGCAGGAGGAAGUAGCUAAGAACUUGCUAGCCGAAUUUAACUUGGGAUGUGAUGUUCACCAAACUGAGCAUGUGUACCGAGUCUAUGUGGCCACAUUCCUUGGGUUUGGUGGCAACGCUGCUCGGCAGAGGUACGAAGACAGAAUAUUUGCCAACACAAUUCAAAAGAACAGGCUCCUGGGUAAACAGACUGGUCUGACGCCUGAUGCUCCAUACCUGGACCCCUGCCUACCCCUAGACAUUAAAGAUGAAAUCCAGCAAAAUGGACAGACCAUAUACCUACGAGGGACUGGAGACUUUGACCUUUGUCGAGAAACUAUCCAGCCAUUCAUGAAUAAAACAAAUGAGACACAGACUUCCCUCAAUGGGGUCUACCAGCCCCCAAUUCACUUCCAGAACAGUGAAUUCUAUGGCUUUUCUGAAUUCUACUACUGCACCGAGGAUGUGCUACGCAUGGGCGGAGACUACAAUGCUGCUAAAUUUACUAAAGCUGCAAAGGAUUAUUGUGCAACAAAGUGGUCAAUCUUGCGGGAACGCUUUGACCGAGGACUGUAUGCCUCUCACGCUGACCUCCAUAGGCUUAAGUAUCAGUGCUUCAAAUCCGCCUGGAUGUUUGAGGUGUUCCAUAGGGGUUUUUCGUUUCCUGUCAACUAUAAAAACUUAAAGACCGCCUUGCAAGUUUACGACAAGGAGGUUCAGUGGACCCUGGGAGCCAUCCUUUACAGGACCCGCUUUUUACCCUUAAGAGACAUCCAGCAGGAGGCUUUCCGGGCCAGUCACGCUCACUGGCGGGGCGUCUCCUUUGUGUACAAUCACUACCUGUUCUCUGGCUGCUUCCUGGUGGUCCUGCUGGCCAUCCUGCUCUACCUGCUGCGGCUCCGGCGCAUCCACAGGCGCACUCUGCGCCCCAGCUCCGCUGCGGCACUCUGGAUGGAGGAAGGCCUCCCCUCCCAGAAGGCUGCGGGCACCUUAUGAACCACUGUUAGAUGCUCCAGGAAGACUCUCAAGGAAAAGCCAUUUUUGCCUCAGGGUUUCUCCUCUUUAUUUUCCUACGGUUCUGUUUUUCCUUUCCCUUUUUGUUCCUUAAAACAAAAGCAAAAUCCAGUGUUUGUAAGCCUUGCUGUCCAUUACAGCUUUAAAUUGAGGAACAGGGAAAAGGGAAAUUCACUUGAUUUUUGCUGCGUGGGACAUCUGCCAAAAACUAACAUGAUUUGGGGGUUUUCUUUAAGGUAUGUUACAUUUUAAAUAAUGCACUUUGAUAUUGGAGGGACAUGGAAAUGGUGCGAUCUGUCUGUGGCGACAGAACAGAAGAGUGAUACUUUUAAGAGAACCAAAAAACAUAUUGACUGAAAUUAUAAUUUUUUCCUCUAUCUUGAAAACUCUAAAGAGGUUGAUGUUUAAUUUUUAUUUAUUGUUCAUGUUUAUCACUGUAUAUGUUUUCUUUGCAGUUUUAAAAAUUUAAAACCAUUUAUUUCCAAAAUAAAGAAAUACAGGCACCCAGAGGUAACCAUUUUAAAAAUUUAUAGUGAAGAGAUGUGAAAAAUGUGAACUAUUGACUAGAGCUUUGUGUGUUGAUGUGGGGGCGGAAUGCUAAUGAACCUGAAUGAGGGAAUACAGUGCUGGUUCCUUUAAAAACACACUUCAGAAUUUACUAUUUCAUUGUAUUUAGAAAAAUCCUUGUUACUGUCUUGUCAUCUUUUCCUGACCACAGGUAAUUACUUAUGUUAUCCCAUAUUUCAGUGGCCUUAGACUACUUUGUUUUUGAAAGAAUUGGAAAAUGCAUCAAGUCUCACUGAUUUUAUUAGAACUAGAGCUGGUUGGUACUCCCAGUCACUUCACAGUUUCUUAGCAGUACAUUUUUGCUUGUUUAAUUGUGCGCCAAUCUCUCCCAACUUCCAGGUGGUAUUCCGUCUCCUCCGGCCUCUUGAUUAAAAGUUGUCUCAGCAGUUUCAUUUGGGAGACCCCAUGCGUAGCUUAGCAAGUUCUCUUUAUUACUACUAUAGCCAAGGCUGUGGCUGGCAGUGCCUCUCUUAAUCCAGACUAAGGGAAGAGUCUGAAUCUAAUAUAAGAAAUAAACUCACAUUUUGAAGAAAACAAAUCUGACAUUUUCAGCAAAAAACUGAAAAGAACUACUGAAUUGGCAUAUGUGAGAUUGGUUGUUUUUCACCUAUUCAUUUAGUUUAGAAGUUUUGGUGAUUCUCAUACAUAGUUUUUUUUAGAUGAAGUUCUUUGCAUGUGUCUGCGUGUGUGCACAUGUAUGUAUACAUGUGCUAUUUCCUAACUCCAAAGCAAUUAAAUUCACAUACUUGGUACCAAAUUAGUACCCAUAAGUGGGGUCACUGCUAUAACAGAUACCUGGAAACUGUGGAAGCAGCUUUGGAACCAGGCAAUGGGCAGAGACGAGAAGAGUGUGAAUGCACAGGCUGGAAAAAGCCUGUUUUGCUGUGAACUGAUUGUUAAGAGUGAUUCUGGUGAGGGCUCAGAAGAAAAGACUAGGGGACGUCUGCCCCAGGUGCAGCUUGACCUGCCACUUCAGAAGGUACAAGUCAUAAAGCUUGGUGGUGUCUAAGGCUCCUGCUUCUGCAGACAAGAGCUGUGGGGGCAUGACUCCCUCCACCUAGAUUUCAGCAGACAUUGUGAACAGCCAAGGGUCCCAGGCAAAGACUUGUCACAGGCAAAGUAGUCCAGCCAGAGCCAGUUCUUCUCAAGUAAUGCCUUGGAGAGCUGCAGGACCUUGUGAUCGUACAGGUUAUCAGUCUCCUUGAAGGGUGGGUUCUGCCUGUUUGAUCUCAUUUGCAUCAUAUUUGCACCUCACGGUCCAAGUCGUAAGAAAGGGGGUGAGCUUCUGGCUCCAUAACAAGUUGAUCUUGGCCACCCAACUCCCCCCAUUCCCAGCUGGAGCCAUGGCUCUUUGGCAGAUACUACAGGGAGCUGGGGACCAAACCACAAGAGGUCAGCAGCAGGAUAGAAGGAAGGAAAGAAAGGGGCUGCAAAGGGGCAGAGAGGGCAGAUGGGGACCCAAAGGAGUUGGGAGGGAACACCUCUGCUGGGUCUGGGCAUAAAGAAGUCUCAAAGCACACACAUCAAGGUCCUGAAAUGGGCUGAGAAAAACCUCACUGCUUCAGCUGAGAGGGAGUGGUAGAUUUUCCAGUUUUAAAGAAAAGUUGAAGAAUUUGCAAGAAACACCGUAUGUGGCCUAUAAAGCUUAAAAUAUUACAGAAAAAGUUCACUGGCCCUGCAAGAGCAAUCCAGUUCAAGAAAGAAUAUAGACAAUAACAUCCUCUUAAUUCAAGAACGCAAUUACCAUUUGUGGACACAAAAAGAUGGGCAAGAGAAGUAACCAAACUUCAACCUUAAAAUAUUUGUUUAUGCAGCAGAAUUUCACCUCUUAUUUUUGAUUCUAGAUGAUUUUCAAGAUGAGUUUUCUAACCAGGAGACCUGGCCUCCUCAAAGUAAAAUUUUAAAAGUGCUAUUAUUUAAGGGAGCUCAUUAUGUUGUAUUGAGAUGUCUGCAGUCACAGCAUAUCACGUUCCAAAGAAGGUCUGUGUAAUUUCUCAGAGCUCUGUACAUGCCACACAGGGGAAGGUGGCCAGGUGCUGUCUCCGAGUGAUGCAGAGGUGGGCGAGAGACAGGCAGGGAGGAGCUUAAUUCGAGAGGAAAAGGAUUCAUCUCUAGCGCUGACCACAGAGGCGGUAAACUCUGUGUACUUAUAAUAAAAAGCAAGAGAAAUAGGACUGGGAACUUGCUGAAAGCAUUGUCAAAGCAAAACAUUCUGUGUUAAAUCUCAGUAGAAAUAAUCCAACAGUAAAUUCUUAUGUUCUUUAGGCAUAUCAUGUACUUCUCCUUUUUAAACCUCCAGGGAAUAUUCUCAAAGAUGUCACAGUUCCUUUAGGGACAUUACAGGGAAAGACAGACACCUGGAUUUGUACCAGUAGUUUUUGCCUGCUUUCACCCCUGUACUGCUAGUGUUAGGCAGUGCUUCCCGGCCUGGAGGUAGAGUGAGGAUGCUGCUGGUGGCCAAGACCAGUGACCUGGGGACUCUGCCUGGCCAACCUGAAAGCCGAGCACUCUUUCACCACCUUUUUCCACACCUGUGCACUCUAGAGUGACCAAGUCUCAGUGCACAGAUAUUUACAUCUUAAACUCAGGCCAACAUGGAACAGUCUUCCUUAUAACGAGCAUGUGUCACUUAGCAAGAAACUAAAAGAGGCCGAUGAGUUUUCCAAGCUUUAAAAAAACAUCAGCUUUAGAAUUCUGUGCAGUAAUGUGCAAUGCAGCAGAAUUACCUUAAAGUAAAUUAUUUAUUUCAGUAUUUUGUUUCUUAUGACAUUAAGUUUCCCUUUGAAUAAUGAAUGAUGUGAUCAACCAAGGAGAAUUCUUCGUUCUGUUGCUAAAAUUGUAUUUUACAGUUAGGAAUGACAAGAACUAAGGGAACAUUGAAAAUUUUUUUGUUUAAGUGAUGUUUCCAACUGGAAAUAAGAAUGAUUCUCUUGAAAGGUCAUUGUGGUGCCUGUCACUUUCUGUAUGUGGCAGCCUCACAUUGCUACAUUUGCACACGGGUGGUUGUUGAAAAUCAAUAAAAUGAAAGUUCAUCUGAUGGCCUGGGGAUGUGUGAGCUUGCUUGCUUGUGAUUUAGAUAGAUUUCUCUCUGGUGUUUGGAUCUUCUUACUCAUUAGAUUGAUUAGUUGAACUUGAGUCUAAAUUCAGUAAAAUAAAUUGAGUCUGACUGCCCACUCUGUUUGCAUUUGUUGCAUUGGAUGUAUAUGCUCUGAAGCACAGCUGUGCGGGUUGUAGAGGGAGGAGUCUGUGCACUCCGCAGCACAGGAACCAAAUAUUUCACAAGGAGAAAUAUUGGCCAACCUGUGACAUUCAUCAACAAUAAUUGCCAAACUGAGACAGCUAUUUAUAAGGUCAUUUUAGAGUACCUAUUUAUGUAUAGACAAGAAUAAGAAAAUUAACCAACUUUUAUGUAUUUACUCUUAGAAAUAAUAACAGCAAAUGCUGACUUUAAACUACACCACUUGCAGUUCGAGCUAAGCUUAAAGCCUUUGGCUUAUUUCCAGAGAAUUAUGAAUCUCAUUAUGAAUGUUACUAGUAACUGAUAGAGAAGAUCAAAUUAGAAGCAAGGCACCUUUUCAGCUGUUCAAGAAUAUAUAGUGGUUGUCCUGGAGAGGAAGGUAGGCCUUAGCCAUACCUGAAAGUAGAUGACAGAUGGAAAGGGAAGGGGACCAGCUGUUAGGAACAACAAAAAAAUAAAGUGAGGUGCUAAAGCCAUUGCCCACCAGAAGAACAGGUUAAUAAUUUUAACAUAGAACUUUCUUAAAUGAUUUUUGAGGCAGUGCAAUAAAUACAGGUCUUUUUGCCUGAGGACAGUACAUUAAGAUGGCAGAAGACAUCUAAAUGUUUAUUCCACUUGGUGGAAGAGAAGUGCGUCCUUAUUUCCAACAGCAGAUCCGAAAGGCCUGGUUCUGGUUUUGUGUUUGUUUUUAGUUUGUUUCCAUCUGUCUCAUGAAUUUGGAAUGCACUCUGGGUGUUUUUUCUUUUUUUCCUUUGAGAUCCUGAAAUGCUAAUGGUUUAUACAGAGGGGGUUGCUGUAGGCUGCCCCACACUGGUCUGAGGACAGAGAAGUGCAGGUCACCUCUGCUAGUGUCAGACUGUCUUCUUUUGGAAAGGUCAUCAAGACACAAAGGGAUGCCUGCUAACCCCAAACACAUCUUGGCAGACUGGGCCCCACCUUGUCUGGGAGCCUGUUGACCUCAGCUCCUGACCCCAGCUCCUCUUAACAGGCGAAGAGUUUAUCUGUUGAUGUGUUUUCUUUUGCUUUUAGCAAGGUUAGUUCCCCUCCCCUGUGUAGUCUUGCCUCUUUCUAUUAAUGCAUCCAUUAAGGUUGAGAAAGACCUGCUGCAGGGGAAACCAGUGGGCACUUUGGCCUUAGAUCUUUGCCCUUCACCCUUGAUCCUGUUUGGCAGGUGAAUGACAUCCGGGCUCCAGACUUCACAGCCACUUAAACAUUUCUGUCAACAGCCUGAGUCUGUUGUGUGUACGAGACCCAGACAAGAAGACCGGGCCUUGGCUUGUCUGCCCUGAGAAAAGUACUGAAAGCUCAUCACAGGACCUAAGGGGAUAGGCACAUAGACAGGCUUCUGUAUACACAUAACUUCAGUAAAUGGAAGCAAGAAGAGAUUUUUUUUUCCUCCUGUUAAAUCAUCAAAUAAACAUCUCAGGCAUCUUGUGUUGUUUUGUCUGGGAGUGGUGGGCGGGGGGACUGGGAUUUCAUUGGCCCCUGUUUGAGUGGAAGGGGAGAAGUCAGUCUGUAGCAAGGUCCCCAGAGAAAAAGGAGCACCUUUCCCAUUCCAGCAUGAGACUAAUUUUGAUUGUGUAGUUUCUGAAAAGUACCCGUGCGGGAUCUUGCUGUCCUCUCAGGUCCAUACCUGGUAGUGUGAAUUCCACCUCUCACCCUUUGUUGCCUUCGUGCUAACCAGCGUUCCAAGUGGGCAGUUCUGGAAAGAGUGACCAUCCUGUUCUUGCCUCUGCUGACACAGGACUGAAACUCGAGGAGCCACGCACAGCACUUUGUUCUCUCUAGAUUUCACCUUCUCCAUCUGGCACAGAUUUUAGAUUUUAAGAGGUUGAGACACUUAAACGUUUUAACAGAUUCUGCUCAGCUUUGUAAAGUCCUUUUAUUCUGGUCAUGGCAGCACAAUAGAAUUUUUUGGAACUUCCUCAUUCUUUAUAAUGUUUAAAUUACUCUUAAAAAAUUCUCUUCAGCCUUCCAUGGUGCUAUUGUUCCUCAGUGCAUUGGCUUCAUCCCUGAACUUCCUCAAACAAGGGUCGUGAUGGGUCCUGUGUCUACUUGCUUCAUUUCUGUAUUUAUAACUAAAUAAAACAACUUGUACGUA